AGGGAAAAAUAUCAUCCAUUUGGCAGUAGACAAGCCAUCAAUCUCCAACAUACCAAUAGAGGAAAGGCCUAUACAACAACUCUGGAAUCAUCAUCAUCAUAUAUAUUCAAAUGAUGUUUCCUUUAUCACAUCAUCAUCAUCAUCAAUAAAAUCAAAGGUUGUUUUGUUCAUAUCUUUCGAGAAUCCCUAAGAAAGCAAGAAUUGGUGAUGAAGAUGGCGGAGGUGGAGAGAAAGAUAGAGGAAGAAAAGAGAGAAUUAGGUGAAAGGAAGGAUGAUGAAGAAGAAGAGGAGGAGGGUAAGGAUUUGGAGUUGGAAAAAAGCACGUCGGUUCUUGCUGGCCUCAAUCUUGUCAUGAUCCUCUCCUCUCUUUCAUUGUCGUCGUCUGAUGAAGAGAGUAGUUUGAAUUUGGAGGAGGUACUUGAGGAAAGGGAAAGUGGGAGGAGGAAUUGCAACAGAAGAGGUAAACGCAGCUCCACUUUGCCUGCAAGAAGGCAUGAAGUCAAUGAGUUUCGAGCUGUCGAGAGACAAAUGGCCAAGGCUCAGACAAAGAUAAGGGACUGCAGGCACAGCAGAAAAAUGUGAAAGAGUGCUGAGUCGACGGUGGAAAAACAUUGUAGAAGGAGUGGAUUUUCCUGUUGUCUUUUCGUUUGGGUAUAGGAACAAGUAUAGCUGCCAACCCAGGUCUAAGGUUUGAUGUAAUUUAUAAGUGAUUGCAGGAGGAUUAUAGUAUUCGGAAUUCUUGUUGGUAAAAUUCUCGGAUGGAUUGGGUGAAUACUACUGGGUGUUGUUUAUCACCCAGUCUGUCCAAGAACACUGAUUUGUCGGAGGUAACAAGAGACGAUUGUACCAAGUUCCAGUAAUGUAAAUGCAUCAAGCUUUGAUCAGAGUGUCUUCAUAACCUGAAACUACUGUUAGAUUUACAGCAGAGUUACUGUCAAUUGAUAAGAUGUAAAGAUCGAAUUCACGAGGCAACAUAUCGAUGAGGACUCAAAUGGAGGGGAAAGUGGCAAGGUGAAAUACUUUCACGUGACAGUGACCUAAAACAAAAAAACAAAUCCGUAGAAUACCACACUACAUCAACUACGAGUAAAUUUAUAGUCCCGAUUCCUCGACCAAUAUGGUAACCUUAGCACAAUCAUUGUGAAGUAUGGUAUUAGCAAAAACUAAGAAAUGGAAAACAGUAGAUGAGAUUGUAUCUAGAAUAGGCAGGGUUCUGUCCUUCAACAGUAAAAAGCCACAUUAAAGCUAGUAACUGACCGACCAACCUGACAAAAAAGCCUAUUAUUACGUCGUUCUUUGCUAAUUCUUAUUGAGACAGCAUUUCUACUGGGCACUAAUGGUGAGGUGAACCCAGAAGAGAAAACAAACAUCGCAAAACAUGUGACGGAUGUAUAAACACAGGUUAGAAUGGUCUCCAACUUCUCUCACUGCAGAAGAGGGCUUAAUAUUACUUUCUAUU